GUGAGUGUGAGUGUGUGAGAGUGUGUGUGAAAGCUACCACUAGUCGCCCCCAGUGCUCUUCAGUCUCCACUCUCCCUUCUCACCGCAGACUGAACGUCACGUCCGCACUUGAACUUGAGUUUUCUCCCACCGUAGAAGCCAGAGAGCCGCACAGAGCCACGCGCGCGCGCCGUGGGGAUGCGAGACUUUUCCGCGAGCACAAAGAGAAAAAGAGGGUGACAGACCGUCCUCGGACCAGUGCCGGGCUCUGACUGCAAGAGUUAAAGUCUGAGAGGCCGGCGCUGAGAGCAGCGCUGGAGGUGCCCACCACUUGGCGAGAAGAAAUCUGGAUUCCUGUUUUACAAGCGUCAACUUACGUCCAGCCACCCGCGCCACUCCUCCACACAGGACCGGACAGUGUCCAGUGUCCGGAGAGUGGACACAGAGACGGACAGACCAUCAGGAGGUGACCCCACCGCCUCUCCGCUCCGCUCUUUUUUCCCUCCGCGCUCCUUUGAGGGGAUGGUGUGAAAGCGACGGAGGAACGAGCCCGGCUGUCCCCCCCCUCCCUCCGCGCUCCAAGAAGGGAGGCGCGCAACCACUUUGGCACCGAGCUCCAAGCGAGCGCCCCGGCGCCCAGCGCUGCGCCACGGCCGGUGACCGCAGAGCGCAGCACCCGCUGCCCACCGAGGACAGAUCCGCCGCGCAGGGGCCAGUCCGCGGGCCGCACCUGGGGCCGGUGCGAAGCGGUCAGCUGGGGGUGACCAGUGAAUUCUGGGGCCAGUUUGGCCGCGUGCAGGAGCAGCAGCCACAGGAGGAGAAGAGGGAGAAGGAGGAGGAGAGCCGACCUUUCCUGCGCAGCUCUCCGGGCGAUGCCAGUGUAAAUGCCAGGGCGAUGUCCCGACGAAAGCAGGGGAACCCGCAGCACCUGUCCCAGAGAGAAAUCACGCCGGAAGUUGAGCAUCCAGAUGGCGCUCUGCUCUCUGGCCCGUCGCCCCCCCACCCGCUCGGCCUUCCUGGCCACGCUGUGGAGCCCAGCUUGGCCCACACACUGCCGCCCGGCCUCCACGUCGAUCACGACCUGCUGACCUGUGGCCAGUGCCAACUCACCUUCCCGCUGGGCGACAUCCUCCUCUUCAUCGAGCACAAGAAGAAGCAGUGCCAAACGCCACUGCUGCCCAACGGUUGCUACGACAAGUUGAAUGACCGAGGAGGAGGAGCAGGAGCGGGAGCAGGAGCAGGAGGGGGUCUGCAAAGUCUUCAUCAUUACGCCCAGCGGGGGGAGCUGAGGAAGGUGGUGGAGCCGGUGGAGAUCGGCAUCCAGGUGACACCAGAGGAGGAGGAGGCAGUGGGAGGGAGAGGACGAGGAGAAGGAGUGGAGAGAGGAGAGAAGACGCCCACCAAAGGAAUUUGCCCGAAGCAGGAGAGCACUCCAGCAGGUGGCAGAGAUGAGCCCUCCAACUACAUAUGUACCACCUGUAAGCAGCCUUUCCCCAGCGCCUGGUUCCUGCUGCAGCAUGCCCAGAACACUCACGGCAUUCGCAUCUAUCUGGAAUCCAACCCCUCCAGCACAGCCCUCACCCCUCGACUCACCAUGCCGCCGCCCAUGGGCAAUGACUCCAUCCCACAGUCCCCACUCACCAGCUUCCUGGGGGAAAACAAUCCCUUCCACCUGCUGAGGAUGACAGGGCCUUUACUCAGAGAACCACCCCCAGGCUUUGUGGAGAACCGUCUCCCUAACACCCCACCGUUUGUCAGCCCACCUCCCCGUCAUCACCUGGACCCCCAUCGGCUGGAACGCCUUAGCGCCGAGGAAAUGGGCCUCAUCUCACAGCACCCCAGUGCCUUUGAGAGGGUGAUGCGGCUUACGCCGAUGGCCAUGGAGUCCCAGUCCAUGGAUUUUUCCCGGCGGUUACGUGAACUGGCAGGGAACACAAACAGCACUACGCCACCACUUUCCCCCAGUAGGCCCAACCCUAUGCAUCGACUGCUAAACCCCAAUCCCUUUCAACAAGGCCCUAAAUCUCCCUUUCUGAGCACCCCUCCUUUGCCACCCAUGCCCCCAAACAGCACCACCCCUCCCCAGACGCAGAACAAGAUCAAGUCCUGUGAGUUUUGUGGUAAGACGUUCAAGUUCCAGAGCAACUUGGUGGUGCACCGGCGGAGCCAUACUGGAGAAAAACCAUACAAGUGCCAGCUGUGUGACCAUGCCUGCUCUCAGGCGAGCAAGCUGAAACGCCACAUGAAGACGCACAUGCACAAGGCUGGAUCCAUGACGGGACGCUCAGACGAUGGCCUUUCAACCACGAGCUCCCCAGAACCAGGCACCAGUGAUAUCACUGGGGAGGGCAUUAAAAAUCGUGAUGGAGAUUUCCAGGGGGAGGGUAAUGAGGAAGAGGAGGAGGAAGAGGAAGAAGAGGAACUGGAGAAUGAGAGUCGACCAGAAUCAAACUUCAGUAUGGAGUCUGAGUUCUACAGGAACAGGGAAAAUGGUUCUAAGCCUCCUUCGGAAGAAAAGACAUCUCUCUCCCUUGACAAAAUGGUAGAUGGUGGAGCGCUCAAUUCCAUUCAGCAGUAUAAUAAUUUGAUAGUUGACAAUCGUAAAAGGAUGCCCUUCUCCAAAAGGGGAUCUGAUGGCCAGCGGGACACUGGGGACGAGGAUUCUGUGGCUGGAGAGAUGGACCACCACCAGCAGGAAGAGCGGACAACCAUUAAUGGCCGGAAUUGUGGCUCCGGUGACUCUUUCUCAGGCUUGUUCCCUCGAAAGCCCACCCCCAUCACCAGCCCCGCUCUCUCCAACUCCUCAAACAAGAGGAUCAAGAUUGAGAAGGACUUGGACAUUCCCCAGGCACCACAUAUCCCUUCUGAGAAUGUGUACUCCCAGUGGUUGGUGGGCUAUGCUGCUUCUCGCCACUUCAUCAAAGACCCUUUCUUAGGCUUCACUGACUCCAGACAAUCGCCCUUUGCCACCUCCUCAGAGCACUCAUCGGAAAACGGCAGCCUGCGCUUCUCGACACCUCCAGGAGACCUGCUGGACGGCGGUCUAUCCGGCCGCAGCGGCACCGCCAGCGGGGGCAGCACACCUCAUUUAGGUGGAGGCCCUGGUCCGGGUCGACCGAGCUCCAAGGAUGGGAGGAGAUGCGACACCUGUGAAUACUGUGGCAAGGUGUUCAAGAACUGCAGCAACCUGACGGUGCACCGGCGUAGUCACACCGGAGAAAGGCCCUACAAGUGUGAGCUGUGCAACUAUGCAUGCGCCCAGAGCUCCAAGCUCACCCGCCACAUGAAGACACACGGCCAGCUUGGUAAGGAGGUCUACCGCUGUGACAUUUGCCAAAUGCCCUUCAGUGUGUACAGCACUCUGGAGAAACACAUGAAAAAGUGGCAUGGAGAACAUUUGAUGACCAGUGAGGUCAAAAUCGAACAAGCAGAGAGAGUCUAAAACACGUUUUCAUGCUCUGCACCAUUCUCCUUGGACUCUAAAAAAAGGACAACAAAUUAAGGGGGUAGCUGGAUACUUUUGUAUUGAUUUUAGUUUAACUUUGUGUUUUUGAUUAAAAAACUGCCAACUGAGAAAAAAAAAAAAAAAACGAGAUCUUAACAACUGAAGCUGUCUAAACUGCCUCAUUUGGCAUUCAUUUUUAAACAAUCAGUCUGAUGAGUUUUAAAUAUGUGGAGCCUUUAACUGUGCAAUAAUUUCUGUAUUUAUUGGAUUUUGUAUUUUGGCACGUACAGGUACAUUUUUUUUUUUUUUUUACUGUUGUUUAAGUUUGCAUUUUUUUUAUCCCACAUGACAUCCUGAGAGUCUCUUCAGCAAACCAAACAGAAAAUUAAAAAAAAAAUAAAAAUUAGGCUCUUUGUUUUUCGGACACAGCUUGUAGGAAAUUGUACAUUAAAAUAAUUGUUUUAAUAUCUUGAAAAGAAGCAAAAUUCAAUCUUCAAUUUCAGAGUCAACUGCGGAUGCGAGAUUUAAUUUAUUUUGCGUGACGAUGAUAUGCGGACAACAAUCCUUUUUGGCAUUGUAGCAUGAAAUGACUGUAAACCAUUUCAAUAUAAUUGGAUAUGUAGCACUGAGUGUCAUAACAAAUAGUAAAUGUCAAACGAAAGAAGAUCCCAAGAUUCAUAAACCCUUAACCUAACCAGCCUGAGGAAACAGGUUCUCGACAUGACAGCUGCUGAAUCCUACAAUUCUACAACUUACUAGUUUCCCCUCGAACCUCUUUUUAUCACAUUAAACACCUCUGCAUUAUAUUUUUCACCAAGCCUCAUGAUUUGUAGGUGUUAUCAUUAGUUGUCGAGCAUGAAGCCAUGAUGAGUCUGCAGAGAGAGAGAGAUACAUAGGGCAGAGAAACAGAAAGAGCACAUAGACAUCUCAGGGUAAAAUAUAACGACUCAAUUAUUAUUUUUAUUUUUUACCCGCUUGUUCUUAUGCUGCCUUUCAAACCAUUUCAUCUACAUCAUAUUAGAAAUUUCGACAUUUAAAAUUUUUUGGCUAACAUAGUCAAAUUUAAUUUAUUCUAAGGGAUUAGGUAUGUAAAGAAAAUUAAGUAGAUGUCUGUAAUGAAACUAUUUAAAGCUGACAAAUAUUGAGAAUCAACAACAUUUUACUAGAAGUUUGCAGAGCAACAUUUUACUAAAAUUAAAAUGAUUUAAAUGUUCUUCAUCACAUUGGGAUGUUUUGAAUUUCCAGUCCAUUUGUUUGCUUUAAGCCAACUUCAUAGUUGCACUUUUAUGAAAAAUAAACAAAUCGCAUUUAUUUCAAAUGCUGACCGUUCUCAGAAACAAACCGGCACUUUAUGAUUUAUCCAUCCAAUGCACACGAACAAAACAGCUAAGUGGGAAAAAGGGUGUGGAGCUUGGGAUCUCCUGAUGCUGGAGUGCCACAAUUGUUAGGCUUAGCUUUCCCAAAGCUGGCACUAUAAAAAUGUAAUAACUGAAUAAUGGGAGUAAUUAGAAUAUUAAUUUAUUCUGGAUAUUUUAUGUACUGCCAUUCAAUUUGACUUGAGUGUGCCUUGAAUUGUGAUCUUCCUAUUUAUUGUCUGAGACAAAUGUAACGCUUUCCCUGAAGCAUCAAAUUUGAACCAAGACAAAUUUACUGUAAAGUGAAAUCUGACACUCAAACAGAUAAAAAAUAAAUAAAUAAAUCAGCAGGAAAUUAUGAGUUUAAGUUUAGCAUUAGCAAAUUACCCAGCACAAUAAUAAUAAUGUGUCUGUGUGUAUAUAUAUAUGUAUGCAUAUGUACAUAUAAAUGCACAACCUUUAUGAAUAUAUAUAGAUCUAUAUCAAAUUCCACACAGACAAGGACACAAGUCUGUCCCGAAACCGGAUCGUCAGGAAGUGAAUAAAAACCUCACAAAAACUGGAGAAAAAUCAGGAAAAACAGAAACUAGAACAGAAUUUAGUGCACUCUGUCUGGAAGAAGUUUACAGUAUUGAUACAAGGGUUAAAAUACAUUUUUUGUGUAUGUAAAUCUCUUUUUCUUUAUUAGUUUUGCUUCAAAACUUUUGAGUUUUACUUCUUCAUUGCUUCUCAUUUUUCUUGACGGGUUUUGGUAUAUAUAUAAAUAUAUAUGAAUAUAUAUGACAUUUUUCUGGUUUACUGUAAAAGUAUAACAGUAUUUGUAAAAUUGGAGAAUGCUGGGGCAUUUUACAGAACUAUAAAAAAAAUGCUGUUUUUUUUUUAAAUCUUUUAUUUUACAGUCCAAUUUAAAUUGUGGGUCUCUGAAACUGUUUUUUGUCAAUGUAACUGUAAAAGUCCUGAGUUUUAGUAGCUUUUUUUCUGGCUUGGGUGUAAAGAAAUAAAAAAUAAAUGAGCGAAAAACAAGCCUGGGCUAAGAUGAACUCGGUGAUGGAAGUUUUUGGGAGCGUCGGUUCUGGUUUUCAGGAAGAAUCACAGAGAAUCCUGACCUGUAUCUAUUUUUAUUCUUCUGGAAUGGAUUAUUCUUCAUGGAUGGUUUGAAUUACAUGUGUAGGCGCUUGCUGUCGUUCCUAAAGAGCUUGUCUUUUUUUAACCUGUAGGCUGUGUGCAUCCUUUGUGAAUGAAUAGGGGUGACUUUCUGACCAAUCCGAAUCACGGGCUGCCACAAUCUGUUUGUCCAAACAGAACCUGAUCAAUUUGUACUGUUGUACUGAAUCAUGUUGUACAGAAUGGGAUCAAAUAAAGGUUGUUAAACAGCCUUUUAGUGACAAAAAACACACCUUGAUGUUUUGGUUGUACAUAGUUUUUUCUAUGACUACUCUGUUUUUCUUUGGUUUGUCCUUUCUGUUUGUGAUUUCUGACCGGCACUGGCAGUGGCCUGGAUGUGGAAGGCUGGGGGUUCUCCAUGUCAGUUUCCAGGCCUCAGCAUGAGAACAGAGCACAAAUACAAGAUGUUACAAACGUC